UUUAUCAUAUCUAUUUUUUUGAACAGUUCCCGGUUGAAAAUGGUAGCUGCCUAGUCCCUCUCCAUGAGACCACGACCAAACUUGCCCUUCAUUAAAAAUUGUGUAGCAGCACUGAAGCAUGGUUGGUUCCAAUCGGUAUCGAGAUUUCUUUUUCUCUUGACAAUUAGAGUGCAGGCAAGUGCCCGUUGAGCUGGUGGCGUAUUGUCGAAGAUAAUUUUUUUUCGUCUCUCCACCUUUGUUCCUACAUAUGCUACAACUUCCUACAACUGAGUUGAGCGAAGCAGGAGCAGCAGCACAGGGCGCAGGGCACAUACAAACGAGGGGCUUUGAUGGGGUAGAGUGAUUGAAGGCAACAGAGGAUACUCCAUUCUCUAUUUUUCAAGUUGCGGAAUACAAGGCAGCAGCGAAUAUGGUGCUGACAAUUUCGUGUGCUGCCCAUUUGCGCCCUCUGCAGGCAUCAUGGAACUCCCUCAGGGCGUCCACCCAAUUUAUGCCCAUUUUUUCAUCGAGGUGUUUCAGGGUCAAAUCCCCUCAGAGCUGGCUUGUCCCUACCCUUUUCUUUAAGAAGACCGAGGAAUAUUCCUUUCGUCGUAUGCGCUUUUGUGUUCGCGCGGGAAACGAAUUGAAUAAGAAGUUGAAGGGGGAAGGAGGAGGAGUAGAGGAGGAGGACGAGAGGCUGCAAGACGUGCUAGUUGAUAAGCAGCAAAUCCAGGCGUUGGACAAUAUGGGCUCCUCUACAUCAGGAGAACUUCAUCUCAUUGUUGGGCCCAUGUUUGCUGGCAAGACUACCGCCCUUAUUCAUAGAAUGCAAACAGAAAUUCAGAUGGGCAGAAAUGUGGUGCUUGUGAAAUCUAACAAAGAUACAAGAUAUGGUUUGAGCUCUGUUGUGUCACAUGAUGGUGCAAAAAUGCCUUGUUGGGCUGCUGGAGAUCUUGCAUCCUUCAAAGCCAAAUUAGGGGAGGAGGCAUAUAGGAAGUUGGAUGUGAUUGGCAUUGACGAAGCACAGUUCUUCAUAGAUCUAUAUAGUUUCUGCCAGGUAGCAGCUGAUAGAGAUGCCAAGACUCUUAUUGUUGCCGGCCUUGAUGGGGACUACUUGAGGAAGAGCUUUGGAUCUGCUCUGGAUUUAAUACCCUUGGCUGAUUCUGUAACUAAACUACAGUCCCGUUGUGAGAUGUGCGGCAGGCCUGCAUCAUUCACGUUACGAAAAACUGGAGAGAGAAAGACUGAGGUUAUUGGAGGUGCAGACGUUUACAUGCCAGUUUGUCGACAGCAUUAUGUUAAUGGACAGAUUGUUGUUGAUGCUACACGGACUGUGCUGGAAUCUCAGCAGGUUCGAUGUGAUGUACAUAUUGUUAAGGCUGUUGGGUAAACAUGUGACUAUUUAUCAUAUGUACUCCCUUUCCUCAGUCAAAUGUUUUAUCCUUAUAACACAGUUUUGCUGAUAAUUUAGCAGUAAUUUUGAUUAGAGCAGGACUUUGUUCAUGUAAUAGUGAGGCAGUCAAGCUUGGAGUCCUGUCAAGGACGUCUAUGACUAUAUUUUAAAGCCACCCAAUAAUUGUCACCUCAAGCACAUAAAUGUGGAAGAUCAUAGCUUGAUAGCUAUUGCUUAUAAUUUGAUUCAGUUGAUUUCA